AUGCCUUCUCACGGACAAUACACCACCGAAAAGGUUCAAUAUCCCUCGCACGGUGAAACCGUCGCAGGAAUCCUCUACCGUCCCACCAAUGUCAAAAACCCACCAGGUGUUGUCGUCACCGGCCCGUACUCAUUCAUCAAAGAACAAGCUCCUCUUCAGUACGCAACUCGUCUUGCAGAUGAAGGCUAUGCAGCUUUGAUCUUUGAUCCCCGCACCGUUGGUGAGAGCACUGGUGAACCUCGACGUCUUGAGAAUCCCAAAAUGAAAAAUGAGGAUAUGAUCGCAGGUGUUGACUACCUUACGGCACGCGGCGACGUUGAUGCAUCCCGGAUUUUCUUGGUCGGAAUCUGCCAGGGUGGCCCCGAAUCUCUGGAUGUAGCCUCCUCUGAUAGUCGAAUUUCUGGAGUGGCUUCAAUCUCUGGAUACUUCCGAGACCAUGAGACUGAUAUCUAUAUGAUUUGUGCUGGAUGUGUUGCAUGGACACCUGGCGCGGAUAUCUCGAGCAUGAAAAUGCCGACCCCUGAACAGGGAGAAGCUUUGUAUCAAGCGCGGCUCGAACGAGCUAAAAAAGCACGUGAAUUGUACGACAAGACCGGGGAAGUAGUGUACCAGCCUCUAGUUGAUCCGAAGGCUGCUGAUCCUAAUACUGGUGCAUUGGCCGGCCUUCCUGGACCAGUCGUUUGGUCCUGGUAUGGGCCGUGGACACUGAAGGGAUUCGAAAACCGAUACGCAGUGAUGAGUGACCUGGACCACUUUAGCUAUACCACCGUCCCGGGCAUAGCGAAGCUGGACAAGCCAGCGCUGCUGAUCCAUGGCGACAACUGUAUGAAUGGGGCGGCUGCUAAGCGCCACUACGAGUCUAUUCCUACCACCGAGAAAAAGUUGAUCUGGAACAACGACGUCUCCCACUUUCAACACUAUGACCAGCCAGAUGUUGUCGACCGUAAUGUGGGGGAUAUUGCGGCGUGGUUUGCCGACAUCAAAUAG